CAAACCAAUAUCAGUUCUUGCAGUGCGGACAAAGUGAUAACACGUCACUAUAAUAUAAGAAUAAUAUAUUUAUUUACACAAAUGAAAAUAUCUCAGUGAACCGUGCAUUAUUUAUUAAUUUACGAAACAUAAUGAGUUCAUUUAUGAUAGGUCUUUUGUUGGUGACUGUAUUGAGUUUGAGUGAUGCAAUGGGACCUCAUAAGUUGCGGCUAGCAGUGUACUAUGAAAGCGAGUGUCCUGACAGCAAAAGUUUCAUACUAAGACAGCUCCAACCAGCCAUACACUUGCUACACAGCUAUGUGAAGUUACGUUUAAUACCUUUCGGAAAGUCGAAGAGUAUAGACUAUGGCAACGACGGCUUCGAGUGUCAGCAUGGUUCAAGCGAAUGUCUCGGCAACAUGGUACAAGACUGCGCUCUGAAUUUGAUGAAGAAACAGAGCGACAAAAUGAAGGUUGCUUACGUCGCGUGUGAAAUGCAAACGAGAGCCGGAGCGCAGGGAGACUUGAACUGUGUGCAAAAAGCAGGACUUUCAGCGAACAGAGUGGAACAUUGCGUCGUCGGGAACGAGGGAACAAACCUGCAGUUGCAAAGCGAAUACUAUACUAGCUUGAUAGCUCCGACCUUCGUACCUACUGUCACUGUUAAUGGAGUAUUCGAUCAAAACAUUCAGGACAAUGCUCAAGUAGACCUCAUCGGAACUCUCUGCUCGAUACUGAAGGAGGCGCCGCCAUGCGCUGAACAUUACAACAAUAUGGCGUUGACAUACGUUUUAGUUAAUCAACGAUGAAUAAACAUUUUUUUUCUUAUACAAUUAAAUCACUACAUAGUAUAAAACAAAGACGCUUUCCGCCAUCUGCGUGUUUGUAUGCUUAUAUCUUUAUAAUUACGAAACAGAUGAGAUUGAUGUUGUUGAUGUUUUGAUGAGGUUAUUUUUAUAGAUAGUGAUAAAUUAGUUUUAAAUUUUGCUCCCGCUUUCAACACGACAUAGAAAUUUCUACUCAUAACU